AUGUUCUCCAAGUUGAAGCCCACUCCUCAGACCCCCCAAGAAACGAAUCCAAUAACCCAGUACUUCGAUAUUGGGAAACAAGUCGCCAGUGCUGGUCCAGAGCUCGUCUGGAAAAUACACGAAGCUGUCCGGAAAUCGGAUAAAAGGGAAGCAUCUGUGUUUUACUUUGAGAAAAGAGUAGCCGAAAAGCUUCAUAAGCCGAAGAGGAAAGAAACGAUAACUGAGAUUUUAAGAUUCAGCGUUAGACAAUUGGAUAGACUGAAACACCCUAAAUUGCUCACACUUUAUCAUCCUAUUGAAGAAUCUAAUGAUACAUUAGCUUUUGCUACUGAACCUGUCUUAGGGACCUUAGCCAAUGUUUUGGGAUGUCUGGAAGAACGACUGCCCCAAAACCUUCCACCAAUGGUGAAAGAAUACACAUUUUUGGACAUCGAGAUAAAAUAUGGGCUUUUACAACUAACAGAAGCUCUUUGUUUUCUGCACUAUUCGUGCAAGUUGAUUCACCGAAACCUGUGUCCACAGUCGGUAAUCAUUAAUAAACGUGGUACAUGGAAGUUGGCGGGACUAGAAUUUGCCGAGAAAUGCAACGAAACUGAUAUCAUGAAGCCGGUGCCUUGCCAAGCUUUUACAUCCAAAUUACCAAAAAUGGGCCAGCCGGAUCUCGACUACACUGCUCCUGAAAUCCAAAACCAUUCCAAGUGUAGUCCGCUCAGCGAUAUGUUUUCCUUAGGUUUGGUAAUUUGCGCGGUUUACAACGGUGGACAUUCCAUAAUUGAAGCAAACUUGAGCUGCGCCACUUACCAGAAGCAGCUCGAGAUGUUAGAAUCCAACUUGAACGAGUUACUUGAGAGAGUUCCACAUCAUCUUCAAGAACCACUGCAAAGUUUAUUAGAAAUGGACGCUCGUCGAAGGCCAAACGCACAGAACUUCUGUAUGAUAAAAUAUUUUAUGGAGCCCGCUGUGCACGCUUUGCAAUAUUUAGAUGUGAUUCAAAUGAAGGACUCAACGCAUAAAUCACACUUUUACCAUAAUUUACAAGGAACGUUAUUUAGUAUCCCUAAGAAACUUUGGUUUCAGCAUGUUCUGCCCUCAUUAAAGACUGAAUUGCAGUCUCCAGAAGUCUUAGCAGCUGCAUUGCAGCCUUUACUGUUCAUGAUAGAAGAAAGUACUACAGAAGAAUAUCAAAAUGAAAUACUUCCAGUUUUUAGAACCGUGUUCAGCAUGCCCAAAUCAGUACAGGCAACUGUGACAUUGUUGGAAAACCUGGAUAUAAUAAUGAAAAAAACUCCUAAAAGUGAUAUAAAGGCCGAUGUCCUGCCCAUGCUAUACAGCGCUUUUGAGUCCACAACACCACAGAUUCAGUGUGCUGCUUUACAAGCUGUAACGCAAAUAUCGGAUAUUUUAGAAGAGCAAGCUGUCAGAAAGAUGGUUUUACCUAGAACAAAGCAAGUUUUCGAUAACAACUCAGGAGUCAAGGAAGAUUCCUAUAUUCAGGUGCAAGCCAUCGCUCUCACUUGCGUCGAAAAAAUCAUCGACAAACUGGAGAAGACGAAUAUCCUGGAUGAAGUGCUCCCCAUGCUUGGUAAAGCUAAGCUACAGGAUCCAGCUAUACUGAUGCCGGUCGUUAGAAUUUAUAAGCACAUGCUAGGCGAAAAGAAGUAUGGACUAACUGUGAAUUUACUUGCGACGAAAGUUAUGCCCGUACUUAUACCUGUAGUUGUCAGUCCAGGAUUGAAACUAGAUCAGUUUACUAGUCUUGUUGAAUUGCUAAGAGAAAUGCUAGAUCACGUUGCAAGGAACCAAAGAAAUAAGCUCAAAUUAGAAAAACUUUCUUCAACAGAAAUUAUUCCUACUACAUUCACCACAACGGCUGAGCAAUCGGCCAGCUACCCUCAUCGGCCGCCCACUCUCCGUUUGGAAUCGAGACGCCAGUCGAUAUCAGUUGACGAUGUGGCUAGACGCUCAUCGGCGAAUGGUGGAUCAGAAGCAUCGUCACCAGAUUCAAACCUUCUACGUGUUCAAGCUACACUGCCUGGUCGGCGCCAUUCUGACAAUACCAUACAACCUCCCCGAAUCCUCAUCGCACCAUCGAGUCCUGAUGGUUCAUAUACUCCUGGCAACCUGCAGAUGCGAAGACAUUCCAGUGUGUGUCCCCAAGAUAUACGAUUCCAAUUUUCGACAGCAAAGAUAAGCCCAUCUCCUAUAGUUACCACGCCGAACGUAGGAAUGGAUUUCUUGAGCUCAGGUCGUUCCAACAUGCGAAGAUACUCCGCUGCUGCCCUUUAUGCAAGUAGUGGAGUCCCAGCCACCUGCAAUAGCCGAGGCCCCAGCCCUGCUGGUUCUGCGUCCAGUUUACUUCAGCAAAUAGGAUCAGGCGUGGUACGAUCAAAAUUUUUCAAUUUUCGUUCAAUGAUCAAUCAGGUUAUUAAACACUUAGAAGCACUCUUGUAG